GUCGUGUCCCCUCGGCCGAAAACGACCACCGUUUUCGUAUCCCUGUGCGCGGGUUCCAUUCACGAAUCCGUGCUGCGAAAACCUGCCACCUCUGCGCGGUCGCUGAAAAAGGGUGGAAGCGUGGACGAGCGUUGGUGUUCGUCGCGAAACGAGGUCGUCGAAGGCGUCGUCGUCGUUGAACUCGACAGGCGUGUCGUGAAAUCGUUGCUCGGUCAGGGUUGGCCCUGAAAGCAACAGGGUUGCCCGUUUCCUCGACGUCGGAAAGGGUUGGCCUGCUCGGAAGAGUUCAUUUCAGUUCGCCCGGUUACGACGGUUAAACGUUCCCUUCACCGAGGAUCUUCGUUUCGGGGCGCAUCAACGCGCGUGGAGAUGUUCUAGGGUCGACGCCGGACGUCGUCGGCUAUGAACGCGGUGGAUUAUGCCUGAUCGUGGAACCGAGGAAAGGAGAUAAAAGUGUUUUUUCGGGGCAAAAGCAACCCGGCGGGCGAGGGGGCUCCGGGAUCCGAGCAACAGGAAAAUACGGGCUCGAUGCCGGAGGCUUCGGGAUCAGGGUUGGCCGACGAGGCGGAUUAUUCGACUUUCGAGAAUAAGACCGGCUUGGCCGACGACAUGAAGUUUCUGGCGAGAAUGCCAGAACUCUGCGAUGUGACCUUCCUCGUCGGUGAGACCAGAGAGCCAGUUUGCGCCGUGAAGGCUGUCCUGGCGGCGAGGAGUAGAGUGUUCCACAGAAUGCUUUACCAAGCGCCGAGUCCGCAGCGCAAGAAGGAACCACCGCCGCGGGAAAACAAGAUACGUCUGUUCCUGAAGAGAAGCUCCGAGCCGCUGCUGAACCUGCAGAACGCGGCGCAACAGCGGUCAGGGUUCACGCAGCAGUUGGCUCCCAUACAAGAGCCACAGCCGAAUCAGCAUCACACUUUAAUCAUCGAGGAAUUCGAACCGGACGUGUUUCGACAGUUGAUCGAGUACAUCCACACGGGAUGCGUGAUGCUACAGCCUAGAACAUUAUUGGGUGUAAUGAAUGCUGCUGAUUACUAUGGAUUAGACGAGCUUAAGAAAGCUUGCUCCGGAUUCGUGCAGUGCUGUAUAACGGUGGACACUGUGUGCGCUUUACUGGCAUCAGCCGAACGAUACAUUCAGUACAAAUGUACAAAAUCUUUGGUCCAAAGGGUGCUGGAAUUUGUCGACGACCAUGGCAACGAAGUGUUGAAUCUAGGAUCCUUCACUUUGCUUCCUCAACAUGUAGUUCGUUUAAUCCUGGCAAGGGAGGAGCUUCGCGCCGAUGAGUUUGCCAAGUUCCAAGCGGCCUUGAUGUGGAGCAAGAAAUACUACGACAGCAAUCAGACCACGCCCUUGAAGGACGUCAUCGGCAACUUUCUAGAGUACAUCCAAUUCCACAAAAUUCCCACGAACGUGUUGAUGAACGAGGUCCGCCCCUUAAACCUGGUACCCCACGAAAUCAUGAUGAACGCGUUGGCCUAUCAGGCAGACCCAACCAGUAUCGACCCGGGAAAACUCUCCCCCCACAGAGUGAGGCGGCCAGGUUGCAGCAUGUCGGUGCAGUCCUCUGUGGAUCAGCGCGGUAGCACCACGACAUUGAGCUCGAGUGGUUCCGACGCAGGCUCCGAUCAGAAACAACAUUCAGGUAAAAACAGCACAGCGGAGCAGGAAACGGCCAACGAGCAGCUGCAACGGCGGCCGAGCGUGCAGACACACCCGGAGGAAGAGGACGUGCAGCGGCAGAUCGAGCAGAGGUAUCAGCUGCAGCAGCAACGAAUGGAACAGGAAAGGCUGGAGAGGGUGCAACAGGAAGAGGAAUUGAGGAAGCAGCAAGAGGAGGAGAAGCACCAGCAGGAGCAAGAGUUGAUGAGGCAGAGGGAACGGGAGCUGAUGAAGCAUCAAGAUGAGGAUGUGAAGAGGCAACGGGACGAGGAGUCGAAGGGACAGCAGGAAACGGAGACGAAGAAACGGGAGAAAGAGGAGAAGAGGGAAGAGGGGCUGAAGAUGGAGCAAGAGAAGGAGGAGACGAAGAAGAAGGAAUUGAAGAAACAGGAGAGAAAGGAGUCGAAGAAGGAACUGAAAUCGAAGAAACAGCAGGAGAAGGAGAAGUUGAAGAAGCAGCAGGAACUGAAGAAGAAACAAGAAAAGGAGGAUGCGGAGAAGAAGGAUCAGGAGAAGGAUGAACCGAAGAAGCAGGAACAGAAGAAGAAACAAGAGAAUGAGGAAGCGAAGAAACAGGAACUAAAGAAGGAUCAGGAGAAGGAUGAACCCAGGAAGCAGGAACAGAAGAAGAAACAAGAGAAGGAGGAAGCGAAGAAACAGGAACCGAGGAAGGAGCAAGAGAAGGGGGAGUUACAGAAGCAGCAGGAACAGAAGAAGAAACAAGAGAAGGAGGAAGCGAAGAAACAGGAACCGAGGAAGGAGCAAGAGAAGGGGGAGUUACAGAAGCAGCAGGAACAGAAGAAGAAACAAGAGAAGGAGGAAGCGAAGAAACAGGAACCGAAGAAGGAACAAGAGAAGGGGGAGUUGAAGAAGCAGCAGGAACAGAGAUUGAAGAAACAGCAGGAAAAGGAGGAGUUGAAGAAGAAACAGCAAGAAAAGGCUGAGUCGAAGAGACAGCAGGAGCAGAAAGCGAAGAAACAAGGAAAGCAAGAACCAAAGCAACGGGAAAAAGAAGGUAAAGACCAGCACCAGGAGGAGUCGAAGAGCCAGCAGCAUAAAGAACAACAUGAAGAAGAAGCGAAGAAGCCACAAACUGAUGAAGAUACGAAGCAAAGAGUCAAGGGUCAAGAAGACACAGCAUUGAGGGCACAGCAGCAAGAGGGUGCAGCAAAGAGUCAGCAUCUGGAAGAACUGGGCAAACAGGAGCUCGGAGAGCCCAAGAAACGUCACCAGAAAAAGAAAGUUAAAGAUCAACAAGGUGAGGAGCUGCAGAAACAGAUCGAAGAAUCAAAGAAACAAGAAUCGAAGAAACAGGAAGAUUUGAAAUCAAAGCAACAGAAGGAAGAGGAACAACACCAGGAAUCCAGUAGACAGGAGCACAAAUUAAAAGAAGAUAAACCAGAAGCGAACCUGCAGCUGCAGAAAGAUGAAGAGGGUCAAAGUACAUCGCGCCAGGAGCCCGAUCAAGAGUCCCAAAAAACCCAGAGACAUUUUGUUGAGCAGGAAAGGGAGGAACGAGGACUCAGUCGCGAAGAGAGACUCCUCCGCUUGCAGUUGGAGGACCUGAAGGUGCACCUGACGGUGCAAGAGCAGACGAUGCAGAAGCAGGAGGAAGCAGUCCUGCGCCAAAUACACGAGAGACAGUACGAAGAGCAGCUAGAGAGUGGACAGUUGGAGCUGAUGCAGAUGUACCUGGAAGGUCGAAGGCCGGUUCCUGAGGAGUCGUCGAUGCAAGAACAACAACGACAAAUGGUAGACCGAAAGGAGUCGAAGAAGAGGAGGAAACAGGAGGAGGCCAAGAUUCGAGGGAAGGAACCCGAAUCGCAGAAGCAGGAACAGCAACUGCAGGAGCAGCCCCAAGAGCAAAGCGUUGCACCUGCGGGCGACGUGAGCGGUUUCUAUAUUAGAUUGGUCGUGAGGCAAGAGGGUCGUGCGAAUUUGGUUUGGCUCUUGAAAACGCACAUGUUCUAAACGUUCAUUUUCGCUGUCAUCUAUCCUACUUCGCUACUGUUAAUACCUGCAAACGAAUUUGUUAUUUCCAUGGCGGAAAAUUGUUCGAGAGAUAUAACGGUUUUGUUCUCGUUCACCGUGGCGUGUCGGUGGU